GAUACCAAAGAAGAAGUAGUAGUAGUACCCGGAUGGAGCUGUCAUGGCCGCCGUCGCUGAGCUGCAAGGCUGAAGAGAAAAGGAAGCUUGCGGAGCCCAUCCCCACAUCACCAACCCUGAGGGAGAAGACAGAACAUUCAUGUUAAGGCUUCCUUGGAAGGGGUAAAGGAGCCUGUAUAUUGAAGCAUGGAAGAGAACCUGAUGACACAGGAUGAUCCCGCUGAAAGCCAUGAUGACAUCAUGGAGGCUGAGGAAGAAAAGGAAUCCACAAAGGACCACACAGACCAGAUGGCAGGUCAAACUUCUGUGUUGCCAUGUAGUGACCAAUGUGACCCCGAUGAAACAUCUGAAGAGUCGGGUAGUUACAAGACAGACAGAAAAGCAUCUAUGAAGUCCCCAUGUAAAAUACAGCAGGGUGCAGUCUUCUCUGGGAAAAUACUUAGCUUUGGGUGUUCAGAGUGUAAGGGUGAAGCUACCUACAGCCCCAAUGACCUCCUCAAACAUUUUCAGGUGGCCCACAAGGGAACCCUGCCGACGUAUCCGUGCGACUUGUGUGGCUUUGCCACAAAUGAGUUCCCUGCACUUCAGCGCCAUCGGAUUGGGCACAGGAACACUUUAGUCACAUGUGAGAUCUGUAAUGAUGAUGUACAGUACUCUCUCCUCCUGCUCACUAGACACUAUAUCAUGUCUCACAGCCAGAAUGGCCACUUUCACUGUGAAAAAUGUGAAUUUUCAACAGUUGACGCAGGAACAUUUGUGCAGCACAUCCAUCAUCACAAUGAGAGCCAGCUCAAAUGUAUGAAAUGUCAACAUGUGAGCUCUAACCGAGGUGAGCAUCAGAGGCACCUAAAACUCUACUCGGGUACCUUCCCCCUCACGUGUCUGGUCUGUGGAUAUGGGGCAGCACGGAGAGAAUACCUCACAAAGCACAUGGUAACUGUCCAUGGUGAGGAGGCAGAUAAUAAAAAUGUAUGGAGAGCAACGGAGGACUGCAACAAUACCCUGGUAAACUCCUCUCCAGGAUUAAAACUCCUGCUGAAGAAAAGUCUUGCUGCAGGUGGUCAAUCAAAGGAAUCCCAGUGGAUGUCAAAACUGAAUUCUCUUCCUGGAGUGGGUUUACAUAACCAAAAUGGAAGGGUGCUGAAACCAGAGAAAACAUUAGAGGAAUCCCAACAGUUUCAUGAAAGGGCUGUAGGUGUGAAAAAGGACAGUAAGAAAUGGUUCAAAGGCGCUCUUAAGAAUGAGCAACAAAUUGACUCCCAGGCUGUAUCAUCUAUACCACCACCAAAGACCCAGGAAGGUUUUGACAGUUAUGGGGCUGAUGCCCUAAACCCCAACAACUCCAAUGGACUAACUGUUCUCAUGGUCAAAAAUAAAAUCUCUAUUCCACCUAACUGUACUACAAAAGUAAUGGGCUUCAAGAUGGUUGACGGUAAAAAGCAUUUAGUUCUCAAAGUUAUACCAACAGCAAAGCCAGAGUUCUCCGCAGAAAAUGAAAUUUUAUCUACAGAGCAAGAAGUGGACUGCCCAAUGAUAGGCACUACCUCUGGAAGUAGAUGCUCAGACACGGCUGAAAAUGGGGAAAAUACUAGCUCCCCUUACUUGGCUGUUCUAAGCCCCUCAGGGACUGAUAGCGAUGCUGCAAUUUCAGUACAAGUGAAGCCAGAGGAAGAGGACGUUAGCAUUGAGGAGACAUUGCCCAAACUGGAUAAACUAGCACAGAAAGCAAAACGCACAGUGGAGCAGAGGAUUGAUAAACAACAUACGUUUAAGGGUGAACAGAUUCCUUCCUUGGCAGUUUCUCCAAUGACUAAAGAGUCAGAUCACUCCACGAUUGAGAACGGUAAACUGAGUAACAAUACAGCAGACAAAAUCUCUGCUUAUUCAAGCCCUAAUGUGACUGCUGUGGAGCUCCUUCCAGCCAAAAUACCCACACAUAAUACCAUGCCUUCUGAAUCCGCUUAUGAGACCAUGCUUCCCAAACCAGUUUCUGAAGAGACAAUCAACAUGCUUGGAGUUGGUGACAUGAGUACAGCUACUGCUGAUAAGAUCAGUGACCCCAUCCAUGGAAAUUCGUCUCGGCCCAAAGCAGAGACGUUACCCUCCAACGACAAACCUAAGACUCCCUCAGAACCCAUGACUGUUGACGUCCAACCUUCUAAUGAUACUGCUGAGAAGACUCAUUCAGUUAUCAAGGAGAUGGAUCCUUCUGAUUCUACGUCCGAUAAGAUUCAUUCCAGUGUGGCUGCUAAAACUGAAACUUUAUCGCCAGAUCUGACGGCCCAACUGGAGUCACACCCAGCUGAAUUUGUCAACUCCAGAGAGACCGAUAUUAAUGCUGAAAAUAAGAAUUCUCCUAACCAAGAGUUGUUUAGUUUUCAUAAUUACUCAAAGGAAACAUCAAGCAUUUCCCCCAACUCAACACAACCUUGUAAAAAUCCAUCAGAGCUUUUGACAGAGGAUGAAAGUGUUUGGAUGAAAGAAUGGAGUUUGACAUUGGCUGCAUCCCCACAACCUCCAGAUGAGGGAUCUGGAAAUGGGGAAGCGGAGACAGAGAAUGUAAUGGAAAGCGUGUCAGACCGUGGCGUUGAAGUCGACGAGUGCAUAGCUACUGUAGAGGAUCUGGCCACCCCAGUGGAAACUGAGAAGGCAAAUCAUGGACACUCUGGGUCUACACACCAAGUCCAACCUACUGUAAAAAUGGAGGAGUGUCUUCCUUUGUUGGAAAGGGCAACAGGGAGCAUAAGUAGUUUGGCUGUCUUGGGUCGCAUACUGGAGGAGCAUUCGGAUGCUAUCAUUAGCCACCAGCUUGAAAAAGAUAGAAUAGGCUGCUCAGCUGCCAGCCACGAUUCUGUCAAGCCACCUACGACUAUGCUAAGGAUCCUUAAAACAGCAGAGGGAAAGCAGCAGAUGUUGUUACAGACUGCAAAGAGCCGGUAUGCUGUACCUGUGCAGCUCCAAGGCAACCCAGGGUUCAAGCUGAUAACCAAAUCUACUCCUCAUAUCAAUGUGUCCUAUGUUAAGCCAGGAAUUGAAAGACAGAAUAAAACCACAGGGCUGGCACUCACCCUCAAUGGAGGAAGUUUCAGCAUUCUUGGACAGACUGUAGGUGCUAGUGAAAAAGGUGCUAUGCUGUUGUCUACUGUUCAGCCUGGAUCUAGCACUAGUGCAAGCCACUACCUAGUCAACAGCACAGCUCUUAAAGGUCCUCUUGUCUUGUCAGGUGCAGCACAUAGUUCGACUGGAGAAAAUACCAUAAAGUCACCGCAGACUUGUUACUUAGUCCAGAGGCCAGUCCCUGUAGGUCAGGCCCCCCACAAUGCUGGUAGCAAAUUGGCACGCUUAAGCUCGCAGUCUCCACUUUUGUCCCGUCCAGUUCUGGAAAACUCAGUGAACAGAUCCACUGCAUUGCACACUGGGCAACAAGCCUUCUUGGUUAGGUAUAUCUCUACCGCUAAGUCAGGGAUGCUUAUGAAUAGUUCUGAUGGGAAGUCUGUGAACCAGAAAGGUCAACCUAAUGAAAGUAGGGGAAAUAAAGUUGUAUAUAAGAUAGUCAGAACUGCCAAUGGUAGCACGUUCCUUUCUGGUGGUGCACAUUCCUCAGCCAACAAGCCCAUUUAUCUGGCCACAAAUUCCACACAGAUGCCAUGUUUUCUGAUGUCAUCAAAUAAAGUCUCAUCCGGAGUGAAAAAACUGAUAUCCAUACAAAAUGCCUCCCACAACCCUGUCACGGCCUCACAGCUCUCAAAUCUUCUUUCCCCCCAAUCCAACUUGCAAGGUAGGGUCAGGCAGAUAACGGACGUAGGUCUGAAUAAAUCCCCCCUUGACCCAAGGCCAGGUCGCCAGCUAAGUCAAAGGAAGAGACGCAGGAAAGCAUUGUGUGAUGAACUCCCAGAGCACUUGACUAAAGCGAGGAGGCUCUCGAGCAAGGCGGUAACUGAAAAAGGGUCUCCCUUGCUCUGGGAGCCUAUACCCAAAGAUGCAGAGAGGACACUGAGACUGUAUCCAUUAAGUUUACUACAAGAGAUUAAGUGCCCUCGUCGAAAUCAGCCGGUAGUUGUUCUCAACCAUCCUGAUACAGACAUUCCUGAAGUGGCCAGUAUCAUGAGGUCCGUCAACAGGUACAAAGGUGCUGUUUCCAAGGUGGUACUGUCUCAAAACACAGUUCAAGCUCUGGCUGAACUCUGCCCAGCCGGACUUCUGGGGAAAAGCUCCAAGGCUAAAUGUCCCUCGUCACAAAGCAGUGGCUCCAGACUUAAGACUUCAAAAAGCAGAGUCCGAGAGCGAUUUCUGUUGAAACUGAAGUUUAGAAAGUCUAGCAGGAAAAUGUAUGAGGUGGUGAAGUCCUCAUUUAGAGGUACAGAGAGGUCAUCAAUGUUCGCCUGCUGGUUUUGUGGUCGACUCUUCAAGAACCAAGAGGAGUGGAUUGGCCACGGCCAGCGGCAUCUCAUGGAGGCGACCAGAGACUGGAAUAAGCUGUUUUAAAGCUGUUACAAAGCCCCUGGAUUGGCCCACAUACCGUCCUAUAGAGUGGAACAAAUGGAGAGGUUAAAGCAUUUAAAAAAUUACUUAUCAGUAUACUUUAUUCUUAUAACGGUGUAUAUUCCCAUAAAUGCCCUAAUAGCUAUGAUUGAAUCACGUUUUUAAGGUUGUUGAUGUGUGGUGUAAGCUGAAACGCAUACCAGUCGAGUUAGGACACACCUACUCAUUUAAGGGUUUUUCUUUAUUUGUACUAUUUUCUAAAUUGUACAAUAAUAGGGAAGACAUCAACAUGAUGAAAAAA